AUGUCAGUCCCAGAAAAGUCGGGCGCAGACCCAAAUGCGAUCGCAUAUGCAUUUGUUAACCAUUACUACACUCGGAUGAAUGCCAAGGAUCCAAAGUUGUCUAGCAUUUACCAAUUGAAUGCCGUUCUCACACAUUCCGACCCUACCGACUCAUUCAAGGCAGCGGUAUCAGUGAGUGGUAACAAGGGCAUCCAGGAGUAUCUUGCAAAGACGCCGCUUGCUGGAUGCAAGGUGAUGAUUUCCACGGUUGAUGUCCAGCCCUCUUUUCAAGACAGUAUCCUGGUGAUUUGUUACGGCGAACUGGCUCUGGACGAUGAAACAUCGCCUGCUUAUAAGUUUGUCCAGACGUUUGUGUUGGUUUCCUCGAAGCCUGGUGUCUAUGACAUCUUCAACGAUGUGUUGAGGUUCAUCCCUGAUGUUGAUGACGAAGUUGACGUGGAGGAAGUUGGCGACAGCACAGAAGAUAGUAAGGUCUCCAACGAAGUGGAAGAAAAGGAGGAGUCUGCGGUUUUUUCACCCUUGCAAUCGAAGGAGUCUACUCCGGAGACCGGGUUGGAGGAGUCCACCACUCUGGAGCCUCCAAAAGAGCAGCCAAGAGAAGAACCAAAAGAAGAGAAAAAAGAGGAGCCAGUGAGCUGGGCAAGCAAAGCAUCUGCUGGUAUAACCAACUUUGGAGCCCCGGUUGUGGUUGAGUCGCCCAAACGUUUGGCCGCCAAGAGUGCUCCAGCUGCCUCUGCAUCUGCUCCUGCUGCUGUGGAGACCAAAGCAGCUCUCAGACCAGCAUCAGAAGAGUCGAAGAAGCACAAAAAAGCCUUCUUGAACGGCAAAGGGGAGCCUGUAUACCCAAUCUACGUGAGAGGUGUCAAGGACAUCUCUCAGGCAGAUCUGCUCAAAGCCUUGACUUCCAAAUUCGGUAAAGUCGAUUCGUGCCGCAUCGAUAGACUUGUUGCUCUCGUUGAUUUCGUGAGCAUAGAGUCGCAGAAGCAGGCCAUCAAAACCGGGGAGAUCCAAGUUGGCACAUAUACCAUCAGGCUGGAGCCAAGGGCAAAGAGGGAUAAGGUGACUCCAAAAGAGUCUCCCAAGCAGCAGAAGCCGAAGAAGAAGCGCAACCAGACGGUUAAUGAUAAUGAUGGAUUUAAAAAAGUUGGCAAAUGA